CCGGGAUACGCUGGUCGCCAAACCAAGCGAACCCAGCAAGAGAGCCACGCCAGUUCUGUUAGCACAACAUUCGCUUACUUAGCCAUUAGCCUGCCAUUGUUGUUUAUGUUAAAAUGUGGCAGCUACAGCAAGCGAGCGUUAAAACGUAACGCUGUCCGACCACUUCUACAACUGGAGGGUCACAUCUGUAGCCCAGCAUGUGCUCCGUCGUUGGUUGUGAUUCGUGGCGACACAAUGUGCAGCGGUUCAGGCUACCAGAGGACCCGGAGAGGAGACUGGAGUGGGUUCUGUUUCUGUUCGAAGUCAACAAGCAGCGACUAAAAGAAUCGUCCUGGACUGAUAUCACUAUUUGCAGUGAACACUUCACAGAUGGCUGCUUCGUGAGCUUGGCUCUGAGUGGCUCGGUGCAGCUGAAGCCCGGUGCUGUCCCCUCACUGUGGGUCAACACAGAGCCAGAGGAACCCGUGGAGAGCCCACAGGAUGAGGAACCUGUUACCACCACAGAUGCAGAUAGUCAGUGUGAUGACCUAGAAUUAUGUAAGAGCUCUACUUGUUCCCCUGAAAUAACAGAAUGCCCCUUGAGAGAUGCUCUCACUCCUGAAACUCCAGACACAGAUUCGAACCAGGAAUUGCCUGCACUUCAGAACGACAAAUACAUGGUGAAUGAAAAUUGCCUCCUGAAGGUGUUUGGCCAAAAGUGCCCAACAUGUGGAGACAAACUCCAGGCAGUGAAAGUAACCUAUGGGGAGCUCAUCAUCUUGAAACAACGAUGCCAUAAGUGCGACUACAAAAACAAGCGGAAUGGUCAGGUCAGUGCCCCUCUCCCUGCCGCUGAAGAUGGACGCCUGACAAGAGGCACAGAGGGAACCCCAGAGACCCAGCUGUCAGCGCUAAGAGACGACAACGCCGGCGCUGUGGCUUUGUCUGAGGCCGUCACUUUUAGCGAUGAAAAAAGCGAUCCUUCAGACGACGAAGAGGAAGGCAAUAGAGGUGGGAUGAGUUCAGAUGGGGACUGGAAUCCCACGGAGGAACUUUUGGUGGCUGACGAGCUCACAAAGGAGUCUGAGGAGGAAACCGAGGAUGAAGGCGAAGAGGAAGAUUUUGAAUCCCCGGGUGGCCUCGAAAUUAAUGAGUUGUGCACAGAGUGCGGACGUUUUUUCCUCAUCCUGAAGCCUCACACAUGCGAGCACAAAAUAAAACCCUACUCCUGCAAUAUCUGCGGGAAAAGGUGCGUUUCUGAGAUUGCUCUAAGAAAUCAUAGCGAAAUCCACGACGAAACGUACGAGCAUCCUUGCAAGUAUUGCUAUGUCACCUUCAAAACCAGGGCGGACAAAUUUAGGCACGAGCUGACCCACCAGGAUAAAAAAGAUCCCUUUAAAUGUCCCGACUGUCCAAAGACAUUCGCCACCAGUAAAGAACGCCGGAGCCACCUGGCAAAGCACAGAGUCUCGAGGGAGUUCAAAUGUGGAGUCUGUGGGAUUGACUUCAAGGACAUACAUCGUCUCAGGAGGCACUCCGUUGUGCACACAGGACUGAAACCGUACAAGUGUUCGGUGUGCCAGCGUGGCUUCAACCAGACGAGCCACCUGAAGUCCCACAUGCGUCUGCACACCGGGGAGCGGCCGUACAAGUGUCAGCUCUGUGACAUGUGCUUCAACCACAACGUGAGCUUGAAAAGUCACGUCCAGCGUUACCACACGUCCAGCUCUGGACUUCAGCAGAUGGAUAAAAGGGCAAAUGAUGCUAAGAGGAACAAGAAAAAGAGAGACGUGAACUCUGAGUUUGACAGUGUGAAAGUAAAACAGAAGGUUCAGAGAGAGAGAUCAAUGAAGCCGAAAAGUAAAAGGAGAAGCACGGACAGGCCCAGAGGAAUCAAAUCAAAGGUACAGAAGUUAAAGAAAACAGGCUCCGGUGAUGAGGGGAGCGAGGACAAGCAGUCAGGUAGUGAUUUAUCCUUUGACUCGACAGAAGAGGAGGAAGAAGAAGAAGAGGAGGAGGAGGAGACAUUGGGAAGGCGACCAAACGGUGACAGUGACUCUGAUUUUGACCCAGAAGUAGAAGCAAAGAAGAAGAGGUGCAGCAGCCAGAAGACUGUUAAGAAACGGAGAGAAAGAUCAAAGAAGGGCCUGGUGGUCUGAAGUCUGUGGUUUUUGUUUUUUUGUUUGUCUUUUUUAAUGAUGUAAAAACAGAAGGAUCACACUACACAGCCACUAUUGAUAUAAUUCAGUACAUGCAUGAAAUCGUUGCUUUAUAGGGAGUUCCACACUGUUGUUUGAUUUUCCCAAGCCUUUUUAUCUUAACAGAUGUGGAGGUGAAUUGCAAACAGAUGGAAGCUGAUCGAACGUUAUGGCACUGCUUGCCUGAAGAAGAGCAAGUCAGUAUUUAUUCAGAAUCAAAAUGACGCUAAUGUAAGAAUGAACUUCCAUUGUUUUUAUUUUUAUCACUACAUACAGUCAGUUUCCAGUCUUAUAUUAGCUCUGCCACAACAUGUGGUUUUUAUUUGAUGAGAAAACCUUAUUUUAUUUAAUCUUUAAAUAUGAUAUAAGUUUACAUUAUGACAUUUAUAAAGAGAAACUUCACA